AUGUCAGACCCGUUUGCACAUCUAUUGACAUCUUUCAAAAAUAAAGAUUCCGCAGCUGAAUCCAAGAAGGAAACUCUUCGGAGCAGCAAUUCCCCUUCCUUACCUGAUUCUGUAGUUGCAGACAUUUCUAAGACGGAUAAAACCAUAAAUGAUAGCCUGCAUUCAAUUUCGGCAUCCCCGUUGAUACCUUCAUCGAAGGUAGGCUUUUCUGUGCCCCCUUUAGUGUCAAGCAAUAACACGAUCAGUGCCAAUUCAACCAAUAGUUCACCACGCCCGCCUCUUGACCACAUUGACGAUGACUUCAAUGAGCUGUUUGGUAAUGGUACAACAGCUGCAACGGAUACGCUUCAAAAAGUAAAUGAUGAUUAUUGUAGAAAUAAUGAGGGCCGUAAGAGCAAUGGUGAUGAAGCUUUGGUCGAUGAAGUCAAAGAUAUGGAAAUCGCUAGAUUGAUGUCACUAGGUUUAUCAAUUGAGAAGGCCACUAAAUUUUACAACGAUGACAUAACGUACGAAAGAUAUUUAAAGGUUUUAAAAUCAAAUCAAAAGAAGUCCAAGGACCGAACUGCUAGGGAGAGCCCAGGUGAUGUAAAUUUUGAGAGGUCAGAACUAUCCAACAAUUUUGGCUCAGAGAACAAUAACCUGUUCAGCAUAGCUACUAAUUUUUUUAAUAAAGGUAAGGAGCUAGUUGAUCAAUGGACCUCUUUUCCACCUGAGGAAAAUGAUAGACUAAAUAAUCACCCAAACUUACGAAACAAAUCAGAGGACUACGACUCACCUCUGGAAAAUGACCCAUACAAUGGAUUUUCAAUUGAAGAUGAUAAAAGCGAGAAAGGACUUUUGUCAGAAAAUAAUUUGGAUGAAGAUCUUUUAACUGACUUUGAAACUAAAAUUGAAAUUACCAAGAGAACAGUGAGUGAUGUCGAUCCUUCUCCUUCACCAUCUUCAGGUAUAUUAAUAGAAGAGAAUCCGUUAAGAAAAGAACCUCUGGUAGAGAAUAAUCUUCUAGAUUUUUCAGAGGGAAAUGUCACUAAAAGCAAUAGCAGUGAAAGUAACUCUCUUUUUAAUGGGAAUAGAAACCCCAACUCUGCUAUACCUAUCUCUGAUAUUGAAUUAUCAGGGUAUAACGAAUUUAAGGCAAAGGGUUCCAAUUUUUUCAAGAAUGGUGAUUAUGUGAACUCUUUGCAAGAAUAUGAGAAGUCUUUAAACUCAUUACCCUCGAAUCAUCCAUUGAGGAUUAUUGCAUUAUCAAACAUUAUUGCUUCGCAACUGAAAGUCGGUGAGUACUCCAAGUCCAUAGAAAAUUCCAGUAUGGCGUUGGCAUUGUUUCCACCAACCAAAGCAAAUUGGAGUAAUAUGAUCUCAGAUAGUGAUCCUCAAAGGUCGUUUAAUGACAUCUGGCCAAAGAUUAUGAUUAGACGGGCUGAGUCUUUUGAACACUUAGAAAGUUUCAGUAAUGCGUUAGAAACAUACCAAGAAUUGAUUAACAAGAAUUUCUUUGACGAAAAAAUCAUGCAGGGAAAAAGGAGAUGUCAAAAUUUCAUCAAUCCUCCUCCUGUCAAGAAAUUUAGUCCUGUGAAAAAGGCAACGUCAACUCAGUCACCUACGGAAAAGUCAACUCCAACCUCUUCUUCUUCAACUUCCUCAAAUUCUCCUGAUACUACUUCAAAAAUAAAGAAACAGGAGUUGGAAAAUGCUAAGCUGGCACUAUACGAUAAAGUUUUUGAGAGGAUCAGCUCUUGGAAAAAUGACAAAGGCGAUGACAUUCGUCAUCUUCUAGCCAAUUUGUCCGGCUUGCUAACAUGGUGCAAUUGGAAGGAUAUCCCUAUGCAAGAUUUGGUUAUGCCUAAAAGGGUUAAAAUUACAUAUAUGAAAGCUGUAGCAAAGACGCAUCCCGAUAAAAUACCGGAAUCGUUGUCCCUGGAAAAUAAGAUGAUUGCAGAGAACGUUUUCAGUAGUUUAAGUAUUGCUUGGGACAAGUUUAAACAGCAAAAUGAUAUUAACUGA